AUGGCGGGCGGCCGGGCCCGGCUGCUGCUGCUGCUGCUGCUGCUGCUAGCCGCCCUCCUGGCCGUCCCGCUGGCCGCGACCGAGCGGGAGCCCCGCCUCAGGCCGCCGGCCGAGGCCCCCGUGCGGCUCUUCACCGAGCCCGAGCUCGCCAGAUACGAUGGGCAGAAGGAAGGACAGCCCAUUUACCUGGCAGUGAAGGGAGUAGUAUUUGAUGUCACUUCUGGAAAAGAAUUUUAUGGAAAAGGAGCCCCAUACAAUGCUUUGGUUGGAAAGGACUCAACAAGGGGAGUUGCAAAGAUGUCCCUGGAUCCAGCAGAUCUCACCCAUGACAUAACAGGACUCACAGAAGAGGAGCUGAAGUCCCUGGAUGAUACCUUCAAUAAUGUUUAUAAGGCCAAAUAUCCAAUUGUUGGCUAUACCUCACGACGAAUUCUGAACGAGGAUGGCAGCCCCAAUCUAGACUUUAAACCUGAAGAUCAGCCACAUUUCAACAUCAAAGAUGAAUUCUGAGGACCAUUUUUGUACCUAGAGAGUGCCUGGGGAAGAAGCAUGACCUUUUCUGGAGUUCAUUACAGCAAUUAGCUGUCAUGAAUCAGUUUUCUGUUUAGAAAACAUACAUGUGUGUGUACACAGGUGGUUUAGAGGAAACCAACUGAUGUGUAUUAGUGUCACACACCUGGGUUGUCUGCUCUGAAUUGUGGGAAUUACUUAAUAAGAAAGUUCUUUCUGCCUGGAUUUCUCUGUUU